AUGGAUAACAGUAACACAAUUAAUUAUACAGAUAAUUCUGAUUAUUUACCACCAACUUAUUUAAUAGAAAAUGAUGUAGAAAACUAUCUUUUAUCAUUUUCAAUAGAACAAGAAGAUGAAUAUAAAAGUUUUUUUAAAAAAUUUGGAUUUGUAGUUAUCAGAGAUAUUUUAAAUAAAAAGCAAUGUCAAAAAACUAUAGAUGAUAUAUUGGAAUAUGUAGAGUCCUUUAAAUGGGCAUCAUAUACAGCCAAAGAAUCGGACAAAACAAUUAAAAGAGAUGACCCAAAGACAUGGAAGACUUGGCCCAAUCUUGCUGCUGAAGGUAUAGUUGGAUAUUCACCAAUUUUUUCAGAUACAACCAUAGAGAACCGUUCAAACCCAAAAAUAUAUGAUGUAUAUACUCAACUAUUAAAUAGAAAAGAUUUAUACAUUAAUCAUGAUAGAUAUGGAUUUUUUAGACCAACCAAGCAAGUUCUUCAUCCUUUUCCACAAAUUACACCAGAUCAUCAUGUAUAUCAUAAUAAAUUAAAAGAUGAAUCUCUAUCAACAUCAGCAACUGCAACAUCCACAAAAGAGGAUUAUGAAAAUUGGAAAACAGUCCAUAAUUUACAUUUAGAUAUGAAUCCAUUUUUAUUUUUAGAAGAUGAGAAUGACGAACACAGGCAAAAAAUAUUUUCAACAUUAAACUAUAAACAUGGGGAUUCAUUCUUUAUUGAAAACAAUAAUCCAGGCUCAUUAAAAUUAGAUGAGCUACAUAUUCAGGGUUUAAUAAAUCUUUGUGAUAAUAAAGAUGAAGAUGGAGGUUUCAUUUUAGUACCAGGGUUUCAUAACCAUUUAGAAGAAUGGACCAAAAACAAUCACUCAUUAAAAAUGAAAUAUGGAUUACACCAAGACUUUAUAUGUGUUCCUCCUGAAAAUAAAAUUUAUAAUCAAGCAAUUAGAAUUACAGCUAGAGCAGGAUCAUUAAUAUUAUGGAAUCAAAAAAUGCUACAUGGAAGUAAGCCAAAUAACUCUGGUAGACCAAGACUUGCAAUGUUUGUUAAAAUGUUCCCAUCAACCCAAAUACCCAAAGAAACUUUAAAUAGAAGAUGUGAAUCAAUUAAAGAAUCUUUUGAAAAACAUAAUAAUCAUCCAAUCGAAACAAGCAGUUUAACAGACACACAAAAAAAAGUUUUAGGUUUAGAGUUUUGGUAG